AUGAUGACGAAAAUAAGGAACUGCACUCCAUCUUGGCCUGCAGCGAGGUACAUUGCAAGGCGGUGUGGAACCGCGACGUCGUCGCCAGUAAGAACAUUCAUCAAAUUGCCGCCAGCAUCGCGUCCGGCGAGGGGCGGCCCGAAAUAUUUCAGUUUGCAUCGUAGUAAAGACGACUGCUGUUUACG